AUGGACAAUGCAGAUACUUGUAUAGAACUUCCCAUCUUUGACAUCUCUCAACCUUUAGACUCAUCUUCUCUUUAUUCUCUCUCCCAAGCCUGCAAAGAAUGGGGUUUCUUUCACAUUACAAACCAUGGAAUCUCCAAAGAUCUUUACAAGAAACUCUCUUCUCUUUCCAACAACAUAUUUAGUCUCCCUUUGGAGUUAAAGCUAGAAGUUGGUCCAUUUUCUCCUAUAAAAACUUACACUCCUCAUUUCAUUGCUUCACCUUUCUUCGAGAGCCUUCGAGUGUCCGGGCCAGACUUCUUUGCCUCAGCUCAGGCUUCAUCAACAGCGCUCCUUAAUCAGCACAGUUCAGAGUUCAGUGAGGUAAUAAAGGAGUAUGGGAGCAACAUGAGUGAGCUAUCAAAGAGAAUUGUGCAAGUUGUGCUGAUGAGCUUAUUAGGAGAAGACUUGGAUAAGAAAUUGUAUGGUUCUGAAUUCAGAAAGUGUCAUGGUUAUUUGAGAAUUAUCAACUACACACCCCCAGAAAGUGUGAGCAAGGAAAAAGAAGUAGAAGGACUUGGAAUGCACACUGAUAUGAGCUGUAUAACAAUUGUUUAUCAAGACCAAGUUGGUGGGGUUCAAGUGAGAUCUAAGCAAGGGAAGUGGCUUGACAUAAAUCCAAGUGAAGAAACUCUUUUGGUCAACAUAGGAGACUUAAUGCAGGCAUGGAGCAAUGGAAAAUUGAGGUCAUCUGAGCACCGAGUUGUGCUUAGGCGAUUUGUUAAUCGAUUUUCUUUGGCUUUUUUCUGGUGUUUUGAGGAUCAGAAAGUGAUUUAUGCUCCAAAUGAAGUGGUGGGAGAAGGGCAUUUGAGGCUUUACAAGCCAUUUCUUUGUGCAGAUUAUUUGAAGUUUAGAGAGAUAAACAGUGUUGGAGAAGAAAAGUUUGAGAAAGUUGGUUUUAAUGUAAAAGAUUAUGCUGGCAUUUCAGGUGAUGAGAGAACCUCCCUCAAAAGUUAA